AAAGAAUCAAACAAAUACAAGGUGGGCCCUUUCCACACCACUCAUGCAUUUGAGACAAAAGAACACCCACCCCCCUUCUCCUCAAUCAUUUUCGGCCAGCAUCCCUCCACCAAGAGCAAGGAAGCUCUCAAACAUCUCACCAUUGUUGAAGGAAGCUCCACCAAGAAGGAAGCUCUAGGAAAAAGUAUAAGCUCCAAAAGUGUACAAAACUUGAGGAAAGGCUAGGUAAUGGCUUCACUUACCUUUCUCUUCUCUUUUUCUUGAAUACAUUAUUAUUUGAGAAAUUAUGAAGAACCCUAGGAUUGUUCUACAUGUUGAUAAAUGUGGAACAAGGGGUUGGAAGGUGGUUCUAUGUCCAAAAAUGGAUUUAGAAGCCAAACCGACAAGUUCACCGGAAAAUAACCUUUUAGAGGUUAUGUAUAUUGAUUAAGGUUUUAUGAUGUUAAAACCUUGUUAGGAACUUGAUUUAGAGUAUCUUUGAGCUUCGCCGGAGUUUCGCCGGAGUUGGUCAAAGUUGGCCGGAGUUGGUCAAAGUUCGCCAAAGUUCAACCGGGAAGUGUAGAACGCGCUUAAGCUCACUUAAGUUUCAGGUCGGGAUUAAAGCUUGCCGCUACCGCCCGUUGUAUCGGAGAAUUCAAGAGAAGAAGACGUGGUUCGUGCUCCUUCUGUUUCUGUUUUGAAAACGAUUUAAACCAUGCUCAUGGAUAUUAUUUUUCUUUAAUAUGUAUUUAGGGCUUGUAUGCCCAUGUUGCCAAAGUGUGGCGUGCACUUUGUAUUGAAUAUUUCCGCUGCUUUAAAUGAUUAUUUUACAUUAUGUUGUUUAUGGAUGUACUAUGUGUAAAUGGUAUUCAAGACGCCUAGUAUAGUAUGGAGGAGUUGGACUGCGGUUGACUAUUCGUACCGUACGGCGGGUUGUUGACGUGUCCGGUAGGUCCGGGGCGUGACAUCGUAUGAUUUUGAAAAUUUGGGUACGGCAAGGAGAAUAGGGAACUAUCUGGGGGAGUUCAUCACAUGGGAUGAACAAAAGUUUAGCAGUAAAAAAGAGACUUAUAUGCGUGUGCGAGUUCAUAUGAACACUGGUAAAGCCUUAGAGAGAAAUUUUGCCCCUUGCUGUACGAAAAGGAGGGACAAGCUAUGACCAAACCAUUUGGGCCAUGGCUUAGAGCGAGUGGCAGGAGCUCGAAAUUUGAGUUGGGAAGCAAGUGGCUGAUAACGGAAGGAAGUUCCUCUGGUGACGAUAUGCACUUAUCUAAGUUGGUGAAAUCAGGGCAGGAGUGGGUCCCGGAGGAGAAGGGGGAGAGCAUUAAAGUAGAUGUGGGAAAGGGGGCGGCCUCAGGCGAGCUUGAAGAGGGUGGACUGAUUGGAGAGCUGAAGAGAAGACGCACAUGGGAGGACCAGAUGAGGGAGGGGGCUGGUUGGGAUGCUAUGGCGCUGGACUCUCCAAAAAACGGGGAUGGGGCGGGCGCAGCUCCCCAGCCCCGCCAGAGGACCUGAUGUUGAUUACAUCUUUUCUAGCUAAAGAACUUUUUUAUUCUAGUUAUUGUGUUUUGUUUCUUUUCCACAUACUGGAUGUUGUUUUUGUUUUAAUGGUGCUGGGUUUUUCCAGCAAGAAUACUUUGGAAGCUAAAACAGGUACUGAUGUGUCGUGUCUACAAGUCAUAGGCUCAGGUAUGCCCAAAGCGGGAUCAAUGAAUUAUAUGGUUUCUACGGAGGUGAUUAAUUCAGAGUUUGGUCCUUGGGCGGACGGUAGACAGGAGACUUGUCGGCACACGGUUACCUGGUUUAGUUCGGUUUGUCUGGUCCUUUUUGGUAUGAUAUAUUAAGCCAAUUUCGUUCAAAAAAAAAAAAAAAGAACACCUGAUCACGUAUUCACGUUGGCUAAUAUAAAACCUGAAAGUCUUCA